UCUUUUCUUUAGCAGCGUUGAUUCUGAACUACUGAGAUGAUCCCUGAAGGGCAACUCCAUCUGUAACAUCAGUCCUCACUUCCUCAGGGCAGCAUCUAAAUCUCUUCCUACAAUUCCCAGGAUUUGGCCAUCACUACUCUGGUGAAAUUCUUCCUCAUCAAUUUUCUGGAAAAAAAAGAGAGAGAGAGAGAAGCCUGCUUCUAUGUGUCUGAGGAAUAGAAUUCCAGUAAUAGAACCAAAAAGACUUGUUUAGAUUCCCUCUACAGAAAUGUGCAGAGACAAGGUCUACUGACUUGUCCAUGGGAACUUGGGAAGACAGAGAAGGUGACCAGAAGGCUUCCAGGGCUGCAGACAGCAUUUGAGAUGGAAGUGGUUGGCUCUGGGGAAAAGAGGUUCUUCUCCAGGAGUAAUGGCUUAUAUUAGAGCCUGGAAGCCCCCAGACAUCUUCCUAAUGAGAAAAUACUCCAACAUCUUUUCUCAAAUCUAGACUGUGGCUAGAGAUGUGACUUAUACCCUGAAGGUGGCUUUAAAGCUCUUGAGACCUUGGAGGAGUAGGGAUUCCUCUGGGUCUAUCUUAAUCAGUGAUCAUGAACAAUAACUUCUGCCGUGCUCUGGUGGACAGGAGGCCUGUGGCUUCCCCCAGCUGUAUGCAGCUAGGGAUUGUGACCCCUCCUGGGCAUUCCCACCUCCCCCCCACAGAGUCCUUGACAAGCAUGCCUUUCCUGCUCUACCCUAGCAAUGUAGAGCCAGCCUAUUAUGACACAUAUGGUGGGGUGUUCCCCUAUGUCCCAUUCCAUGGUCCCUUUGGAGUCUAUGAUUACCCAUUUGAGCCAGCCUUCAUCCAGAAACGCAAUGAAAGGGAGAGACAAAGGGUGAAGUGUGUCAAUGAGGGCUAUGCCCGACUCCGGGGACACCUUCCAGGAGCACUAGCAGAGAAAAGGCUCAGCAAAGUGGAGACCCUUCGAGCUGCCAUUCGCUACAUCAAAUACCUUCAAGACCUGCUUAGCACAGCACCAGAGGGCACAGCUUCCACCUCUGGCAGUAGUCUCUUGGGAGGAGGACCAGCUCCCAACCCUCCCCCUGGUCCACUGACGGACUGCACCAGUGAUGGUGAAUCCAAAGCUUCUUCCUCCCUGGUCCCAGAGUCAUCCUCUUCAUCCUACUUCUCCUCAUCCCCCUUCUGCGAAUCAGAGGAAUCUAGCCACUAACACCCCCUCAUACCUAUAAUCCUUCCCCUUUCUCUCUCCUUCCCUCUCUCCCUCUGACUCCAGGAGGCCAACGGUGCAGGGGAUUCAGGUGGGAAGAGGUUUGACCUGGUUGGCAAUUCACUGCCAAUUCCUCUUGCUUGUCCCACUCUGAUGGUGCCUGGCACUCAGAGCCAGUCCUCUUGGAAUAGUUGCAAAGUGUAAGGAAACCUUUUGAAUGUGCUAUACAGUAACCCCGAGAUCCCCACUAGAUGGCUCCAAACACCAAAAUUCUAGCAUCUCCUCCUGGUUCCAGCCAAUUCCCUGUGACCAAGGACCAUUGACAAUCUAUAAUGGUAGAAAGAGUUAUCCUACCCCAGAGUUCCUUGCAAAGACAAAAUCACAAGGCCAGGUCUACAUGCCAAAAUACAACCACAUUCUCUCCCCAACAACUCACACCAGAAGAGGAAGAGGAAGAGGAAUUCUAGGUCAGGCACUAUGCUAAUAUUUCCCAAAUAUUAUUUCAUUUGAGAUAACUCAUUCUUAGUUCACCUAUCCAAAGGACCUCAACUCCUCUGCUCCUUAGGUCAUGACAUAAAGGCAAGAGAGCUCAGGGAGAAUAGGGAGGGGAGGCAUUGUGGGAUUUAUCCUUCCAAGCUCUUUUGAGGUCAAAGCAAGCAGAAUGAAAGAUAGAUGUGGGGAUGGUAGAGCAAGGUUCCAUUGGAUUGAACUCUGUGGUUUUACCUUUCCCAAAAUAAGUGUCCUACCACCCUCUGAUAUACACAGUGGGUGUAUAUACAAUGCCUAUGCUGCAUUCAUGGUCUCUUCAAAGUCUAUGACCCUGGUGGCAAAUCUAUGGGCAGGCACACCAGAGGGGGCACUCAGAGUCCUCUCUGGGCAUACAUGCCAUCAACCCAGCACAGAAUUUACCAGAGUUUGUUACUAGAAAGCCAUAGGGACACAGUGCCUGGCUGCUCCUCUCCCCGUCUCCACACAUUAGUUUGGGGUUGCAGUUUGGGUACUCAGUCUCUAAAAGGUUUGCCAUCACUGGUCUAUGACUACCCACUAGAGCCAGCCUUCAUCCAGAAAUGUCAUGAGAGGGAGUAGCUGGGGAAAGAGUAUCAAGGACUACCUUACUCAAUGUUGCCUCUUCUGUUUCUUCUUUCAUAUUUCAAGCCUCUUAAGGACAGGGACAAUGUGUGUGUCUGUGUGCCUUGACUCUAUACUACCACCACCACCCCCAGCACACUGCCACUACAAAUAAGGUUUUAAU